CUCUCCAAUCAACCCGCUUAUGUAUUGGCACUUGCAAGUCUCCAAUAGUAUUCGGCCAUGGAUCAACUGAAGACCGUAAAGAAACGCAAACUAACCGACAAAUCCAUUCCCCAUGCACUGGCCCAAGUACCCGAAUUCGCUCAAGAAUCCGAAAUGUACCAGAGUCUACUCGAAAUGGAACGCAAGCUGGACUGGACGAUGACAAGAAAGCGAGUCGAGGUCCAGGAUGCGCUGUCCCGCAAUCCGACCACGACGAGGACAUUGAGAGUUUUUCUGAGCCAUACAGUAUCUGGACAAUCGUGGCAGGUCGGUGAUGCCGAGAGUGAACCAGUGAACUUUGAAACGGGACAAGGCAUCCCAGCGUGGUCAUUUAAAGUAGAAGGAAGAUUGCUAGAGUUGCCGAACCAGCGGUCUCGAGACAAGGCCGUCCCGAGGAAGUUCUCGACUUUCAUUAAGAGGAUGAUUGUCGAGUUGGACCGCGAUCCGAAUUUAUACCCCGAUGGCAAUAUCCUAGGAGGUAAAUUGUCGUGGCCCCGUGCUCAAGGCGUGCAGCCAGCACUCGAUGGCUUCACUAUUCGACGGACGGGUGACCAGCCAACCAGGAUACGGGUCAUCAUUCAUCUCGAGCAGACCCCGGAACAGUACAAAGUUAGCCCAGAGCUUGGAAACGUCCUUGGUAUCAAGGAAGAGAGCCGGAUAGGAGUCAUACAGACUUUGUGGAACUACAUUAAAAUCCACGGUCUCCAGGACAAAGUCGACCGACGAAGGAUAAAAGCCGACGAUCAUUUGCGUCCUAUCUUCGGCGGUGACACUGUCGUGUUUCAACAACUACCCGAGCUGGUCAACCGCUAUCUUAUGCCGCCGGACCCAGUUGUUUUGCAUUAUACGAUCAACCCGAUGGUUCCGCCUCCCGAGCGUCCGCAGGCUUGGGAUAUCGAAGACAGCACGCAAGACCUCAGCAAACUCGACGACGAAAUCGCCCUUCUCACUCAAUCUCUGCAUAAUGCACACACGAAACGCGUAUUCUUACAAAGCUUUGCGGAAGAUCCAACAAAGUUCAUUCAAAACUGGCUCGAGUCUCAAUCGCGAGACCUAGAGAGCAUUCUGGGGAGCGGUCCUAGUGAAGGUGCUACAAUUCGUGCGGAGGAGCUUAGACGGAGCGACUUCUUUCGGUUGCCGUGGGUCGAAGAGGCUGUUGCUAUACAAGAAGGCAUGCGGCUGUCUUCGAAGCAGUAAGGAAUGUCGAACGUGCUGUUUUCUGUGUGUGUAUUUCCUGUAGCGCUGCGUAUUUCCAAAUGUAGUAUGUCGAGUCGAUACACAG